AUGAACAUGAGCGCUAUCCCACAUCCUCUCGCAACGACGUAUCCAGUCAUCUACCACAGGAACGGAGGAAGGUUCGCCAGACCACGGGAACAAUGGAGACUUUUCCCCGGGAGGACUGCGGGAAAAGGCAGACAGGCGUUUCGCGAUGGACAGCGACUUGAACAGCCGUUCUGGCUCAGAAGAGCUGGCUCUCGCCACUGUGAUCCUCCUGACAGGAAAAUGAAGCUGUCAAUCAAGGUUCUGAUGUGUCGAGCCAAGAUCCCAGCAUUUACGUGUGGUGAUGGGACGCCUUACACGUGGUGGGUCGGCCGCGGUAACGAGAAGCACUUUUACUGGGGCGGCUCUGUGCCGGGCAUUCAGAAAUGUGCAUGUGGUAUUGAGCGCAACUGCACCGACUCCAAAUACUACUGCAACUGUGACGCCGACCAGAAGCAGUGGAGGGACGAUUCCGGGAUUCUGGUAUAUAAAGACCACUUACCGGUCAGCCAAGUGGCUGUUGGGGACACAAAUCGACCCGGCUCAGAGGCCAAGCUGACCGUGGGACCUCUCCGUUGCUAUGGAGACCGAAGCUAUUGGAAUGCUGCAUCAUUCAACACGCCAUCCUCGUACCUGCACUUCUCCACUUUUCAAGGAGAAACGAGUGCUGAUAUCUCCUUUUACUUCAAGACCUCUGCUCCCUAUGGCGUGUUCCUGGAAAACCUUGGAAACACGGAUUUCAUCCGUCUGGAAUUGAAAUCCCCCACGGUGGUGUCGUUUUCGUUCGAUGUAGGAAACGGGCCGGUGGAACUGAACGUGCACUCUCCUACCUUGCUGAACGAUGACCAGUGGCACCGGGUCAGUGCGGAGAGGAGCACGAAAGAGGCCAUUCUGCAACUAGACCAGAAAUACCAGGAGGUCAGACCUGCACCUACACAGGGACACACACGCCUGGAGCUCUACAGCCAGCUUUAUGUGGGUGCAGCUGGAGGUCAGAGAGGAUUUCUUGGAUGUAUCCGCUCUCUGAAGAUGAACGGGGUGACCCUUGACUUAGAAGAGAGGGCAAAAGUCACUCCUGGUGUAAAACCUGGCUGUUCGGGGCACUGCACCAGUUUUGGGAUGUAUUGCCGUAAUGCCGGCAAGUGUGUGGAGAAAUACAACGGCUAUUCCUGUGACUGCUCCACCACUGCUUAUGAUGGGCCUUUCUGUUCAAAAGAUGUUGGUGGUUACUUUGAGGCAGGAACACUGGUCAAGUAUAAUCUGGUACCUGAAGUGGUCGCUGCAGCUUCCAGCCUGGAUGAGAAAAGCGUAAUCCACAACCUUCCUGUCGAGACCAACCUGACACGUGAAGAUCUGGCCUUCAGCUUCAGCACCUCUACUUCACCCAGCCUUCUGGUCUAUGUCAGCUCGAAAACCCAGGAUUACAUGGCCGUGGUGCUCCGUCAAAAUGGUUCCCUGCAGCUGCGGUACAACUUGGGUGGUCUCAGAGAACCCUUCAGUAUCGACAUUGACCAGAGGAACUUGGCCAAUGGGCAGCCCCACACCGUCAACAUCUCGCGGGUGGAGAGAGACAUAGAAGUGCAGGUGGGAAACACAUGA